UUCAAGUGCUCCCACACCCAGGGGACAACCUCUGAAAAACUGCUUGCUGGUAUCAUCUCCACCUAAGAGAUUUUUAAUUUUAAAACUUAUGAAAAAACACUAGGGAAUUAUGAAAAUCACAUUUUUCUUUGCUGCAUUGCUCUUACUGGAUUUCUUCAGUUGCUUUCAUGCCUAUCUGCAAUAUCCCUUGCCUGACAUAGAAGAUGCAAAGUUCAUUGAAGAUUGUGUGAGAGCUCACAACACACUUAGAUCCAAAGUGAAUCCACCAGCCAGCAAUAUGUUUCGCAUGUCCUGGGAUGCUGCUUUAGCUAAGACUGCCAAAGCAUGGGCAAAGAAGUGCAAGUUUAACCACAAUACCUACCUUGAAAUGCCAGGAAAAAUGCACCCCACCUUUCGCUUUGUUGGAGAGAACAUCUGGACUGGCACAGCCCGCAUCUUCUCUGUGGAGGCAGCUCUCAGGUCCUGGUUUAAUGAAGUCAGCAGCUAUGAUUUCAGCACCAACACAUGUACUGGCAAGUGUGGUCACUACACUCAGGUUGUCUGGGCAGAGAGUUACAAAGUUGGCUGUGCAGUUCACUUCUGCAAUACAGUUGAAAAUUUUCCAGGACUAUUCAAAGCAGCACAUUUUGUUUGUGACUAUGGGCCAGCGGGGAAUUACCCAAGAAAACCAUAUAAAGAAGGACAGCCAUGCAGUAGAUGCAGUAACGAGAAGUGUGUAGACAAGCUCUGUGAAAAUACAGAACGUGAGAAGCUGAUAAGUUAUGCCAGCUGGCAUCCAGACUGGGAUACACAGCCACGGCAGCCCCAUCCCCCCAGGCCUCCUGUGCCAUCACACGUCCCACCUGCUGAGCAUCCACAACCCUCUUGUGACCAAUAUUGUCUUAGUGUUUUAAUUUUAAGGCCACUGUUUCUUGUAUUGAGUGUUGGUGCUGUACUUCUAGUACAACAGCAAUUUCCACACACUUUUUUUUAUGAGUAAUGGUCAAUUAAGAGACUGAUUGUGAUCCUACUGCUGUAUUACUCUCACACAUUUGGCACAUGUUUAAAAAAAAACAUUUGGUCAUCUUUCAUUAUCCCUGCAAUCCAGCAUAAGAAAGGCUGCUUCUUCACUCAAGGCAAAAGUGGCUUUGCAUAGAGGUAAUGUAAUUUAUUGGCAGUAGCUGCAACAUGCUCCUAUGUCUGUAUGAGGCUCUUAGCUCUAGCAGCAGUUGCAAGAGGGACCACAGAGACUAGAUAUUCCUCCAUGUGCUAACAAUCGUCCUGGGAGCCUGGGGCAUCACAAAGACAUGUCUGAAGUGGCACACUGUAUCCAAAAGAAGCAAUAAUUAAUCUUCAUUAAUCUUCAGUUGUCCCAGCCACAAUUUCCCCCAAGUAAUGGAGAUUUAACUCUAUAUAUUACUUUUUAUUAAUAAGAGUAAAGCUUGCUCUUUGCUUUAUUUA